AUGGCAGAUAUGGUGUACUCAGCACGAUACUUGUCUUCCAUCUUACUACUAAUUGCUCAUGUGUCAACAAUGGCAGUACACACUCCUUCUGCUGGAACCUGCCCACCAGGUUCACUGAUGUGCCUUGAUGGUUCACAGUGUUACAGCGCCAGUUUACGCUGUGAUGGAAAUGCAGACUGUGAUGACACAACAGAUGAAUAUGCCUGUGAAGGAGUUGAGCAUUUUGGUGAAAGAAAUAUAACAUGUCCUGAGAAUUCAAUCCCAUGUAAAAGUGGGGAUCAGUGCAUUGAGACACACCAAAGAUGUGACAAGAUAGAGGACUGUGCAGAUGGCAGUGAUGAGUACAAUUGUCCUGUUGUGUGUGAAGGGGAACAUUUAUUUCCAUGUGGAAAUGGAAACUGUAUUAGUACUGAUUUGAAGUGCAAUGGAGAAGAUAACUGUGGUGACCAUUCAGAUGAAAUGGGAUGUGGACCACCAGUUGAUGAAAAUACUGCAUCAUCAGAGACAGAGGUUUCAACCACAGAUGUGAAACCAGUGGAUACACAAGAUAACACUGGAAAUGACAUCCACAUACCACCAGAAGUAAACAGCACAGUAGGUGCAAACAAAACUAGAGAACUGUAUGACUGCAAAGACGAUGAAUUUCAUUGUCAUGAUGGUUCCUGUGUUGACUGGAACCUUCUCUGUGACAUGGAAGCCCAUUGCCCAGAUGGCAGUGAUGAAGUUGAAGGCUGCCUCUUGAGGAAAGAUUGUGGUGAUGCAUUUCGUUGUGGUUCUGGCCACUGCCUGCCUAAGGAAUGGGUCUGUGAUGGCAAUGUUGACUGUGUUGAUGGAUCUGAUGAAGAUGGUUGCCAUAAGAUUCCUGAACCAGAUGAGACCCAAGACACACUCAGACGAUCAAGAAAGGAUGUUGGAAUGGACCAUCUUAUGGAAAUACAGCUGGAAAUUGCCAAACAGGAACGCUUCAAUCAACAACAUUUAUAUCAACUCAAGGUGGAAGAACUGUCAACACGUAAUGAAGCAGCUCGUGCGGAACUGAAGGCAGCACAGGUCUGGAGGGAUGCAAUGAUUGAGCGCCUGGAGCAGCAGCGCAAGGAGCACAGGCUGUCGUUGGUUUCUCUUGAAGGAAGUAAACCUGAAGCGGGACUAAAUCACACUGCAACAGAAGUUCCCCCUCAGAGUACUGCAGCAUCAGUGGAAACGGGUGGAGCUGCUUAA